GAGGGCCUCGCCGAGUCGGAGCGCCAAGCCCGGCGACAGCUGCUCUUUGGUUGGGAGCAGUUCCUGAGCGAACCAGACGUGGACGCUCAGGAAGUCGUCCGGGUUGUCCGGCCCCACUUAGAAGUGUGGUUGGACAAUGGGGUCGGACGCCUCACAUACCGCGUGACGCAGGUGCUUACCGGGCAUAGCUGCUUCGGUGAGUACCUGUGUCGCAUUGGACGAGAGUCAACGACGCAGUGUCACAAGUGUGGGGCGGCCAGUGACUCGGUGAAGCACACCGUGGACGAGUGUCUAUGGUGCGCUCGUGAACGCCGAGAACUGACCGCCAAAAUAGGUUUUGACCUCUCCCUGGAGUGCCUAAUAAAGGCGCUAUGCUCCAGGGAGGAGGAAGACUGA